AUGGUAAAAAUGAGUCCCUCUUCCUACAUAUUAAUGCUAACUUUUUCUUUGUUUUCUCAAGGCAUUUUACUUUCAGCAACCAAGUCUAUUAGAAAUUUAGAAGAUGACAUGGUAUUUAACACAUUCAGGCUGGGGAAAGCCGUUCAGAAGGAAGAUACUGCACAAAAAACAGUCAUUGCUCCUUCUCUGGAACAAUAUAAAAAUGAUGAGAGCAGUUUCAUGAAUGAUGAGGAAAACAAAAAUUCAAAGAAUGCAGGCUCCAAAUACAAUUUCUUAAAUCAUGGUCUGCCACUGAAUCUGGCUAUAAAACCUUAUCUUACACUAAAAGGAUUUCCAGCUGAGAAUAGAGUUCAGAAUACUGAACCAACACAAGAAAAGAGAGAAAUUGGAGAUGAAGAAAACUCAGCUAAAUUUCCUAUAGGAAGAAGAGAUUUUGACAGUGAGUAG